UCCCCCCCCCCCCCGCGGUUGCAGCCCUGGAAGGGAGCGUGGGCCUCAGCCUGGUCGCGCGUGGGAGGAGGAGGAAUGCGGCCGCUCCGUCGGGUCGGCGAGGGUUAAGGGGGCGGGGCCGCGCGGCAGCCCCCCAUUGGCCACCCCGCGCCCCCCCCGCUCCCAACCCCCAAGCCCAGGGGAGGCUUCGGGCCGCGGAAUCGGGCGGCGGAGUCCUCGCGCGGUGGCGUCAUAGGGUGGGGAAAUUCCGCGCCGUGACGUCACGCCUGGUUGGUAUUCCACCUGCGCGUGGCGCCCGCCCCCGGCUGAGGGAGGGGGCGGAGGGGGGACUGCGGCAGUCUCCGUGCACUCUCCUACAGCAACCCCCUACAGCACCCCCCGCACCCCCUAUAGCAACCUGCCAUUUGCAACUCCCCUGCACCCCUCCUACAGCACCCUCCGUGCAACCCCCCAGCACCCCACCACACCCCCCUUGCACAACCUGAUGCAGCAUCCCCUGCAGCUGCCUGUGCACCCCCAAAAUUCACAGCCCCCUCUGCACCCCUGGGCGCACCCUCCUGUUGCACAGCCCCGUGCACCCCCUGCUGCACCUCCCUGCACCCCUCCGUCCCCCUGCACCCCCCAUCUCACAGUCCCAGAGCAGCUCCCUGCACCCCACACUGCAGGUGCGUCUCCCUGCACCCUGUUUGCAGCACCCAGGGCGUUGCACCCCCAAAGCUGGCAUGUCUGUGACCAGGGUGGCACAUCCCUCUGUGCAUCUGUGACCAAGCUGGCAUGUCCCUUGGUCUGUGCCAGGGUGGUGUGUCUGUGACCAGGGUGGCACAUCCCUCCAUGUGUCCGUGACCAGGGUGGCAUGUCCCUCCAUCUGUGACCAAGCUGGCAUGUCCCUGUGUCUGUGACCUGGGUGGCAUGUCCCUCUGUGAGUCUGUGACCAGGCUGGCAUGUCUGUGACCAGCCUGGCACAUCCCUCUGUGUGUCUGUGACAAGGCUGGCAUGUCCAUGCAGGACUGCCAUCUCCCUCCCCAUGCCUGUCCCUGCCCUGUGUCCCUUGCCCUGUCCACCCCAGUGUCUCUGCAUGUCCCCACACUGCCAGCCUGCGCUGGCACCCCUGGAGCCACCUGCUGCCACCCCAGGGACGGUGACACAUGGAUGCGGUGGCCCUGCAGCAGGGUGCUGUGAGUGCGGGGCCUCCCUGUCCCACCAAUACUACGAGAAGGAUGGGCGCCUGUACUGCAAGAAGGAUUACUGGGCGCGCUUUGGGGAGCUCUGCCAUGGCUGCUCAGAGCAGAUCACCAAGGGGCUGGUCAUGGUGGCCGGGGAGCAGAAGUACCACCCCGAGUGCUUCAGCUGCCUCAACUGCCACACGUUCAUCGGGGACGGGGACACCUACGCGCUGGUGGAGCGCUCCAAGCUCUACUGCGGGCACUGCUAUUACCAGAUGGUGGUGACGCCGGUCAUUGAGCAGAUCCUGCCGGAUUCGCCAGCUUCCCGCAUCCCGCACACUGUCACGCUCGUCUCCAUCCCCGCCUGCUCCGACGGCAAACGCGGCUUCUCCGUCUCCAUCGACCAGGGCUGCGGCACUGAGCACUCCCGCACCGUCCGUGUCCGAGAAGUGGAUCCAGACUGCAUCAGCCCUGACAUGAAGAACUCCAUCCACGUGGGCGACCGCAUCCUGGAGAUCAACGGCACCCCCAUCGGCCACGUUCCCCUGGAUGAGAUCGACCUGCUGAUCCAGGAGACCAGCCGCCUGCUCCAGCUCACCAUUGAACACGACCCCCACGAGCCCCUUGCCUGCGAGUCGGGGCUUGCCUGCAGCCCCCCGCCUGCCCCGUGCAGCCCCCUGCGCUCCCCUGCCCUCCCGCCCUGUGGGGAGCCCGGCACCAUGCGCCAGUGGACUGUCACGAGGAGCUGCAGCACGGACAAAUCUCCGGGCUCCGGCUCGGUGGGCUCGCCCGCAUCCCAGCGCAAGGACAUCGGUCGCUCCGAGUCGUUGCGCGUCGUCUCCCGUGCCCAUCGCAUCUUCCGCCCCUCCGACCUGAUCCAUGGCGAAGUGCUGGGCAAGGGCUGCUUCGGCCAGGCCAUCAAGGUGACGCAUCGGGAGACGGGCGAGGUGAUGGUCAUGAAGGAGCUGAUCCGCUUCGACGAGGAGACACAGAGGACCUUCCUCAAAGAGGUGAAGGUGAUGCGCUGCCUGGAGCACCCCAAUGUGCUGAAGUUCAUCGGGGUGCUGUACAAGGAGAAGAGGCUCAACUUCAUCACGGAGUACAUCAAGGGGGGCACCUUGAGGGGCCUCAUCAAGAGCAUGGACAGCCACUACCCCUGGAGCCAGCGGGUCAGCUUCGCCAAGGACAUCGCCGCCGGCAUGGCCUACCUCCACUCCAUGAACAUCAUCCACCGUGACCUCAACUCUCACAACUGCCUCGUGCGGGAGAACAAGAGCGUGGUGGUGGCUGAUUUUGGGCUGGCGCGGCUGAUGGUGGACGAGAAGAACCAGCCCGAACAUCUCAAGAACCUGAAGAAACCGGACCGCAAGAAGCGGUACACGGUGGUGGGGAACCCGUACUGGAUGGCCCCUGAGAUGAUCAAUGGGAGGAGCUACGAUGAGAAGGUGGACAUCUUCUCCUUUGGCAUUGUCCUGUGCGAGGCAAGUACCUUUGGGCUUGGGGUCUUCCCAUUGGGGUUGAGGUCUAUGGUUCGGGUCUCCCCUUGGAGUUGUGGUCCUCGCUGGGUUUCGGUUCCCCUCUUGGGGCUGAGCCCGCUCCUCUCUCCCGCUCUCUCCCAGAUCAUCGGCCGGGUGAGUGCCGACCCUGACUACCUGCCCCGCACCACCGACUUCGGCCUCAACGUCAGGGGCUUCCUGGACCGCUACUACCCCCCCACGUGUCCCCCUAGCUUCUUCCCCAUCGCCGUCUGCUGCUGUGACCUGGACCCCGAGAAGCGGCCAUCCUUCAGCAAGCUGGAGCAGUGGCUGGAAACCCUCCGCAUGCACCUGGAGAUCCACCUGCCGCUAAGCUCCCAGCUGGAGCAGCUGGACCGAGCCUUCGGGGAGAUGCACCGAUGGGGCGAAGGCGGGCUGCCUGCACCCCCCCGAUAGAGCACCCCCACCUGCACCCCCUCUGAAGCCACGGGAGAAGGAGCUGCACCUACCGCCAGCAUCUCCUCCAGCUGCCACCGCCCCGGGGCUGGAUCCCUGGGGCUCCCCGGAUGAGCCCCCCUACCCUGUCUCCUCUGCACGGGCUGCCCACGCUGCUGCCCGCACUGCUGCCCACACCAUCCCUGGGAGCUGGCUCUUCCUGGGGCUGCACGGCCCCUUUGCAUCCCCCCCGACACCAUAGCUCUUACCCCCAGGACAAGCCCAGCCGGCCACACCGCGGGGACUGUCCCCAUGUCCCCCCCCCCCGCCCCGUCCCGGCUCGCUUCGCCUUUGCACGCCCGGGGGCUGCGUGGCCGCCGCACCCGCACGAGCCCCGUGGGCUCUCCCGUACAGAGCCGUGGCCUCGCGGCGGUGCCUUGGCUUUCCGUGAACUUGCACUGCAACACAGGAGGGGCCCCCUGGUUCCUUUGGGGGGCGGUGGUACAUGGCCCCCAGACCCCCCAAGGGAGCACGGGUCCUGGGGCAGCCUUGUAGCAAUGCCCUCGUCCUCGGCCGGACACUCUCACACUGCUUCUACCGGCACCCCAGGCUCGGGGGGCUGCCGGCACCCCUGGCCGAGUGAGGGGUCCAUGGGGGGAGGGGGGCGACACCCCCAUGGCAUGGGGGCAGGCACGUAGCGGUCCUCGCCUCCUCCACAUCCCUGCUGCCCGUCCUACUCCGUGACCGUGCAUCCCUGGGGAUGAUGACGGGUGGUCCAGAGGGAUGCGGGGAUGCGGCUUGUCUCCCUUGACCAGGGGUGGUUGGGGGGGUUGUGCCACGCGGUGCUUUUCAUGCUCUUUAUUCAGGUUCAUUUUUCUGUAAGAUAUUUAAAGAGAAGAGUUUGUAUUAUUUUUUCAUACAACGUAGCAUUUGCCAUUUGUCACUGCCUCGGUUCUGCUUUCCCGAAGGGAUGAAACUGUGAAGCCUCUCCGUGCACUUUGCCCGGGAAGUCCAAGGCGACGUCCUCUCCGGAGGCGGGAAGGGAGCUCAAACUGUGAUGUACCCCGAGCCGUGAGUCAAUAAAUCCUUCCCCGCUCA